AUGAAGCUCACCUCAGCCCUCUGCUUAGCCUUCGCCACCAUAAUUUCUGCGAAAUUCUCAAUGACUGCAUCGUUUACCGACGCACUGGUUGACCUCGGUGACCUGGACACCUUCUGGAGUGUUUGGAACAGGAUGUACGAUAUGUCAGAUUCGCGUGGCGGUCUCUCCGACGUCACUCGUGAGGUCUUCAACUGGAAUUGCAACAGCGACCAUCAGAAGCCUCAAAUUUCAACACGGGUCAUCCUCGACGGCCAGUGGGGCGCUGUUGGCCGGGUCAACGGUUGGCAAAUGCGCGACGCCCUGAUCAAGUCAAUGUGGCGCACUGUUGAAGUUGCGGGUCAGCAGCAGUCUUACCCUGUCUACAAUCAUUGCUCUGGAUUUACAUGGCAGGAAUCAGUUCCUGGCAACUCGGGGGCCGCCUGUGGGCCAAGGGCCCGUGUAUUGUGCCCUAGCAAUGGCCGCUGUAGAGGCGCGGGUCCGUUGGAAUGUCAGGGUUUUCAAUGGGGUCACAAGAUCCCUUCCAUUGUCCGAAUCAACGUUUAUAAUGACAAUGGAUCACUCCGAGCCGACGCUUAUCAGGCACGAUUCUCGUCUGAAAGCAAUAGUAACGGGGGAGGUGGUUGUGGAAAGGCUGGUGCCAUUGCCGAAACCCUUGCCAGCUUCAUUCCUGGUGUUGGGGUCUAUUUCGACAAGGGAAUCAAGAUUGCGUGUCGUCAAGGGGGUCUCCCCUGA